AGCGGGCGCUGGUUGAGCGCUGAUUUGUGAGCGAUUUCCGACCGUGAACACCAUGCCGGAGUCAAAGAAAACGGAGAAGUACGUGCUGCUGAACGACGACUCUGAGACGGAGGAGUUCAACAAGAUGAACAUGUCCCUGAUGGACGGUGGAUCGGAGAAGGACGGGAGAAAAUAUACUGCAAGUAAAGCUGGCAGACGUUCUGCUUGGUGUCAGCCACAGUGGGUUUGUCACAGUUUUUUCAUCUUUGUCCUCCUCACAACUCAAGUAUUUUUGUUUCUCUGUAUACUGAAGCUGCGCCAGGAAAUACAGAUGAUAAAGACGGAGCAAACCAUCGAACCUAGUCAAUGGAUUGACAACCAGCUUCACAGCGAAGGGACUGGAGUGGACGGAAAUGCAAACCUGAACCACAAACUUGAGGAUCUAAUUAAGAAGUUUGAAGAGAUUAGAGGCUUAGUUUCUCAAGACAAAAAUGGGACUCCAACUGAAAGGCCAGAGCACAAUUUGCAGGAAAUACGGGUGCUAGAUCAGAGAAUUAACAUCAUACAAGAGAGAAUUAUUUACUUCGAAGAAAAUCUAAAAUCACUGCAGGCUAGAUGUGAAAAAUUAAACGAUGGGGUGGAAAUCAAGCCAACUGGUAAUCAGGACCUGUCGAGGCUUUAUAGAUUUAUGCACAAGCUGAAUGGAUCUACUGUCUCCAGCUUGCUCACAAUGAAGGAUGAAAUCCAUGAGUUUCGCAACCUCACAUCUGAUCUCACUUACAAGUUCAGAACAAUGGAAAUAAGUCUGCAUUCUCUAACAGAGCUGACAAACUCACAGACCACUGAGUUGGAUCAAUUUGAAGAAUCACUGGAAAGAUUGAUCAACAUUUCAGUAAAAUUGAAAUCUCACCAAGGUCAGCUGGAACGGAACUUCGACAGAAAUUACCGACAGAUCUCUCAGCUGAGGGAUCUGAUCUAUCAAUCUGAAGAUGCUUUGAAUCAGACGGGUCAGCCAGCAACAAUCAUGGCCCAUUUGCAAGUGGUAAAUAUCACAGAAUCGCCUCAGCAACUGAACACCAGCAAAAUCCCAUGGUUAAUAAGCCAAGAGGAAGAUGCAAAACCAGAUAACCAAACGUCAACCACAGAGGAAUCCAUCCUUGCAACUACUGCAAGAAAUUUAAUUUUGAUUCCUUCAAUAACAAAUCUGAAAGCACUCCGUUCCUUCUUCUAUGAAGCAGACUGGAGUGGGCGUGGUUACCUGACGUAUGAGGACCUCGUGAGUAACCUUGGGGAAAGGACACCACCUGGACAAGAAAUUAAAAAGUUUGAUGUAAACGACGAUGACAGAUUCACCUAUAUGGAAAUGGUCAAUGCUUUAGGAUUAUAAGAGUAAAGCCAAGAAAUCCUCCAGCAUAAGGACAGAUGUCUACAAUGCCCUUACUUUCUGCUGCUUAGAGCCAGACUAACAACCACAAUAUUUUGCAUUAAUUUGAGGAAAUUCAACUGUGGUGAAGCUUUGUAUUUAAAUUAAAAAAUGCUGAAUGCUGUUACAAAACAUGUAAUGAUCUAGUUUGUUAUAAAUUUUAUUUGCUGUGGAAAAUUCAUUUGUCCAGCCUUUGUUUUGCAGGGUGAAAGUAGAGCAGCCUCAUGUUACAAACAAUACUAUACGUUUAGUGGUUCAUAUUUUAGUUUACAGUGCAUGUUUAAAAUGGGCAAUUUCAAACAUCUCUGAAGUGUAUAAUGUAAAAAUUAACAGCUAAAGUAAUGACAAUAAAAGUAUUUGUUACCUCAAAUAAAAUUGAACAUUUUUUAAGUGA